GAGCUGCCCGCGAAGGGCCGGGGGGUCUGUGGGGUUUUGGGGCCUGCUUUUCCAGUCUCUAAGAACCGGAGAGCGGCGAAGUGCGGGGCCUGUGGGCUGUGGCAGCAGGUGGUGGCACCAUGUCACACCGUGCGUGAGCUCCUCUUGGCAGGAAAGGGGAAUAAUCCGCUAAUGAGAGGCUGUAGAUGCUCCCAGCAGCACGGCCGUGGCCCCGUGCCCGAGGCAGUCUCUGCGAGGCUCCCUUCACAUGCUCAGAACACGCUCGGGGGGCUCAGUGCGAGGUCUCUUGCUUACUUUUGGACUUGGACAGGCCCAAUCUGUGAAGAUAAUUAAAGUUCCUCUACUCUGGAUGCUCCCCAUGCCGCUGCCGCAGGCGGAGCUGGUGCGCAGCUCGCUGCAGCUGUACCGGUACCUGCUGCGCUGCUGCCGCCGCCUGCCCCCGGGCCCCGUGCAGCAGCACUACAGACACGCCAUCAGACAGAGUUUCAAAGUCCAUGCUGAUGAAGACGAUCCUGAGCGAAUCCAGCAGAUCAUUAAGAGAGCCAUUGAAGAUGCUGACUGGGUGAUGAAUAAAUAUAAAAACCAGAAGUAGAAGAGGAAGGAUGAAGCCAAGAAGGACUUUGUUCAAGAGGGAAAGGACCAUGGAGCUGGAAGGUACAGCCAUGGCAUGUCUGCAGCUCCAGAUGUCUGAGGUGCCAGCUGGGAUAUGGG